AGGGCUAAUCUUCCUCCAAAAAAAAAAAAACGAAAAACCAAGAUCAAAAUAAAAAACACUGUUAUUAUAUCAUAACCUUCCAGACUUUUUUAUCUACUGAUUUCAAUGGUCUUUUUCUCUGCCACUCUUUCUCUAUUGGUACUUUCAUAUAUUUUUCAAAAAUACAUAGUUCAGUCUAAUUACUCUAUUGAUAGUAUGAAUGUUUGAUCUGGAAUAUCCUCAAAUAUUUUUCCCCAACUUCACAUUUGAUAUCUGCUUUGUAUUGUAGUAUGAUGAUGGUUUGUUAUAUAUUUAACUAGUAACCUUUCCUAGAUUCAAAAUGCCGAACACUGGCUGUCCGUCUCCCAUGUCUUAAUCAGCUUCAGCCAAUUCCAGUGCCAUACAAGGGGUCCUGGUUAGGAGGGUCUGGGCUCUUUGCAGUCUUAGAAGGUGUUAACAGAAGGAAGAGGAUCUGCUCGGGCCGUGACUGCACCGCCCAUUCUCAGGUCUCCAUCUACCUCACCAAAAGGACGCAGUGGCCAGAAAUCUCCCUGCUGUCAAACCUGGGUCUGGCUUCAAUACAGAAAUGCCUGUCUUCUCUGACUGCUUAGCAGAGACCCCUGGGAUUUGGGGGAGAAAGUGGAUUUCUCUAGAAUCCUAGUGGGCCCAAAUUGUGUGUGCUGGGAAAUGGUUUGGAACCUGGAAUGGAAGAUCCUAACGAUGUUAUUAAUUUAAGUCCUGUCGGGACACUAAAGCAGAACUGGUCUCAAGAUCUUUCUCUUCUCCCAGCUCUUGCUUUCUGGAUCUGUGCUUCCGUUAGAGGAGCCCUGAGGACUGAUCCGCUCCUGCAGGUCUAAAACUAUGGCCCAUUCAUCUAUGACGUUCAGCGAUGUGGCCAUAGACUUCUCUCAGCAGGAGUGGGAAGGUCUCGACCCUGUUCAGAAGACUUUGUACCAGGACGUGAUGGUGGAGAGCUAUAGAAACCUCGUCUCACUGGCAAGACAUUCCAAUUCUAAGCCAGAUGUGAUUACAUUAUUGGAGCAAGGAAAGGAGCCCUGGAUGGUUGUAAGGGAAGAAACGAGAAGAUGCUAUACGAAUUUGGAGUCAAGAUAUGAAAUAAUCAGCUAUGAAAAAGUACCCAUUUAUGAAAAAUGUCCAUCUCUUACUCUGCAUCAGAAGUUUCAUCAGAAACCCUAUGAAUGUGACCAGUGUGAGAAGGCCUUUAGUUGACAUACAGACCUUACAGUACAUCAGAGAAUUCAUACUGGAGAGGAGCCCUAUGAAUGUAAGCAAUGUGGAAAGGCUUUUAAUUGUGCAUCCAACCUUCCACAACAUCAGAGAAUUCAUACUGGUGAAAAACCCUAUAAAUGCGAGGAAUGUGGAAUGACCUUUAGUCGUAAGAUAGAUCUUAGAGUUCAUCAGAGAAUUCGUACUGGUGAGAAACCCUAUGAAUGUGAAGAAUGUGGGAAGGCCUUUAGUUGUGUCUCACAUCUUACUCAACAUGGAAGAGUUCAUACUGGUGAGAAAUCCUACAUAUGUAAUGAAUGUGGGAAGGCCUUUAGUCAAUGUGGAAGACUUAGAAUACAUCAGAGAAUUCAUACUGGUGAGAAACCCUAUGAAUGUAAGGAAUGUGGGAAGGCCUUUAGUCAAGCCUCUCACCUUGUACAACAUGGCAGAAUUCAUACUGGUGAAAAACCCUAUGAAUGCCAUGAAUGUGAGAUGAUCUUUAGUCGUGGUAUAGAUCUUAGAGUACAUCAUAGAAUUCAUACUGGGGAGAAACCCUACAAAUGUAAGGAAUGUGGGAAGGUCUUUAGUUGUGCCUCAAAUCUUGUUCAGCAUGAGAGAAUUCAUACUGGGGAGAAGCCCUAUGAAUGUAAGGAAUGUGGAAUGACAUUUAGUCGUGGCUAUCAACUCAUUCCGCAUCAGAGAAUGCAUAUUGGUGUGAAACUCUAUGAAUGUAAGGAAUGUGGAAAGGCCUUUAGUCAUGCUUCAGCACUUAUUCAGCAUGAAAGAAUUCAUACUGGUGAGAAGCCCUAUAAAUGUAAAGAAUGUGGUAAGGCCUUUAUUCAUUUAUUAUUAAGAAUGCAUCACAGAAUUCAUACUGGUGAGAAACCCUAUGAAUGUAAAGAAUGUGGGAAGGCCUUUAGUUGUACCUCAAACCUUGUGAGGCAUGAGAGAAUUCAUACUGGUGAAAAACCAUAUGAGUGUAAGGAAUGUUGGAAGGCCUUUAGUCAGGUUGAAAGCCUUAGAACUCAUCAUAGAAUUCACACUGGUGAGAAACCCAAAUGUAAAGAGUGUGGGAAGGCUUUUAGUAGUGGCCAUCAACUAAUUGUACAUCAUAGAUUUCAUAGUGGUGAGAAACCCUAUGAAUGUAAGGAAUGUGGGAAGGCCUUUAGUGUGUAUGGAUGACUUACUCGACAUCAGAGUAUUCACAGUGGUGAGAAACCUUUUGAAUGUAACAAAUGUGGGAAGUCUUUUAGGCUUAAUUCAAGUCUUAAAGUACAUCAGAGAAUUCAUACUGGAGAGAAACCUUAUGAAUGUAAGGACUGUGGAAGGGCAUAUAUGCAGUAGACAAGGUACAGACAGCAAUGGAUUUAUAACACUGAGAAAAAAUUUGAAUGAAAAGAAUGUGGGAAUGCUUUUAGAUAUGGUUGAGUUCUUAUAAGGCAUUAAAUAAUUUGUACUGGUGAGAAUCCCUCAGAAUGUAAAUGCUGUUUUGGUUUUUAAAUUUAUGACCCAAAUAUUGUUCAUAUUCAGAGAAUUUAGGAUCUAUUUUUAUAUAACAUGAGAAAACCUUUACUAGCAAUUCUCUAUUUAUAGAUUAUGAAAAUAUUCAUAAUGGAGGAAAACUCAGAGAAUGUAGAAAUGCCCUUGUUUUUGAUGCUUUAUUUAUAAAAGCCCUCCAGCCCUAGUCAAUUAUUGUUAAACUUGAGAAAACUCAUACCCCAGAAAACCCCUGUUGACCUAACAAAUGUGGAAAACCAUCAGGAUUGCUAUUUGAUUCUUUACAGUCUGUAUGACAUUGGGUAAGAUAUUUAUCCCUGUGGGACUCAUUCGUAAAUGAUGAUAAUAGUACCAACAUUAUAUUGCUGUUAUUGGAAUAUAGAAAACUUGGAGAGCUAUCUCAAACAUAGUCUUUAUUCAGUGAGUAUUAGAUGCUAUUUUUAGUGUUGUCAUUAUUUGUAUUCCUAUCAAUGAGUUAUUAUGUGAUCAAGUCCAUAUGGAUGUGGUGAAUUUAGAUAAACUUCAUGUAAUUACUUA